UUUCCUCUAAAUCCAAGUCUGUGGACAAAUCAGACGAAGAACUCCAGUUUCCCAAAGAGUUCAUGGAGGAUUGGAGCACAAUGGAGGUGUGUGUAGACUGCAAAAAGUUCAUUUCGGAAAUCAUCAGCUCAAGCCGGCGCAGCCUGGUGUUGGCCAACAAAAGAGCCCGGUUGAAAAGGAAGACGCAGUCUUUCUACAUGUCCUCGUCAGGCCCCUCGGAGUACUGCCCUUCAGAAAGGACUAUCAAUGAGAUCUGAGCCCUGUGCCUUCCAGUUGCUUUUAUGUCUAGAGGGGCCUUGGUGUGGCAAUGCUGCGGGACUCUACUUCCCGUGGUUUUACUUACUAGGCUUCAGUUUGCAGCAGGUCGGACUUUGCUGCAUCACCUUGUAGCACAGACUGAAUGCUGUGUUCAUAUCAAUGGAUGGUAUGCAACAGGUCAGCCAGUUGCUCAUUUGCACUCAGAAAGGAUAAUACCCUAAAACUUGAUUUUGUGUGUGUGGAUGUGGAAUCCAGAAACUUCCUUAGUUCAGUUCCUCAGCAUUCAUCAAGUAAUUUCCUGGCUAAGGCAGAAAGCUUCUUCUGAUACGAUUCUGACAGAAGUGUUGAGGUUCUAAGCAGUAAGUCAUAUUGGCAUUUCCACAAGACAGUGUUCCUAUCUCAUGUUCAUAGUGGUCCAGAGCCCUGCUACACACCGGCCCCCUGGCUUGACCAGGCUGGCUGUUGUCUCACAGCACAAACCUAGAAGGCCUGGCUGUCAUGCUCCACCUGCCGGGCUGCCACCUGCAUUCUAGUGCAGAACACCGAGUGAGCUGUACCCUGCUUGGGAAGCCACUUCCUCUGAGCUGCCAGGUCUGUCUGGCUGCCACAAAGUCAGUGUCUCCUGAGCUGCUAACAGGCCUUUAUUCCCUAUCAUGAAGGUAUUAUGUUAGGAAUAGUUUUAUAAUAGAUGUCUAAGAAUUAAAAUUUUGUGGGAGUUUGAGGAAAAAGGAAGGCUAAAAUUUUGUCAAGCAGCUCAGUAUAUUUUGGUUAACUGUGACAGGCUGUGACAGCAGAGGGUGCCUGCAGAAUUGAGCUACUGCUCCUACAUUUUCAGCCACACUUUUCAUAACUUUAUAGUGCAGCCAUCGUGACUAAAUUAAGCCACAAUUUGGUACCUAAGACUCAAAUUGAAGUCUGUUUUUAUAAAUGAAUUUUAAAAGAAAAAUUCUGGCUGUUUUAAAAUUUCAAGAAAAUGAACCUGCUGCCAUGCAGAAUUUUUGGAUGCUAUUUGCACUAGUUUUCUUGUGAGUCGGGUGUAGGUGGGUUUGGAUGGAGAUUGGCAGUUAGUAUUGUGCACACUUGAAAUUUCUCCACUCCUGUGGCCCAUAUCAUGGGCUGUCCUGUAUUUCUAUGUGCUUAGAAAUAAUCAGUCAUUGAAAUUCCACUAAUGUUUGGAAAAUCAGUUAAUGCACAUGCACAAUAAUUUCCUGAAAGCUAUAAAAAACACCCUCAUAGUCACCAGUGACAACUCCAUUUAAUAAAAGGCAUGACAGUUGCAUUUCAUACCAACAUCAAAAUAUAGUAACAUUUCCACAUUAAAUUAACAGUAAUACCUCAGAACUGCUCCAAUAGUAAUUUUUAAUGCAUUGAAUUUAUAGUUUAGUAAUGGCUUUAAAUUACUUAUGAAAUAAACUUUACCAAUUGACCAAAGUAAUGCAUGUUCAUAGAGUUCAUCUAAGCUGCAUAUAAAGUGGGCCACCAGAAAACCCUUA